AUGGACACGACCACGGCCAAGCGUACUGCUGCCUGUGCCGCCACCAGUCUUUUCCUCGUCAAUCCUAUUCUUUACUUUACAGGAUUCACCACAGGUGGCAUUGCCGCUGGGUCGCUUGCUUCGGCUUGGCAGGCUUCGAUGGGCAAUGUUGCCGCAGGCUCGGUUUUUUCGUCGUUGCAGUCGGCAGCCGCGCUUGGCGUCGGAUGGACGGCCGCGGCCGCUGGAGGCGGUAUCGCUGGCGCAACUGCUGUAGUUAAUUGGAUGCCCUCUGGGGCUGGUGAGGCGGUCACCUCGUUGGCGUCAACCGUCGUGGCUGUCUUGCCCUCUGCAUCGGCUGUCGCCGAGUCUGUCGUCGGGGUGGCAUCGACCGCCACCGGAUUCAUCUGGACGGCGCUGAGAGUAUUGAAACCACCAGGCGACGCUUACACCAUCACGCACAACGACGUCAUUGACGACGUGGCGGGCCGCAAGCUCCUCCUUGAUCACAUUCUGCUCUCGCCGUCGGUGGCACCGAACGCAAUCUCGGGCGGCAUCUUUCACGAGCUGUUCUCGUUCUUUG